AUGUGCGCAACCAUAACGGCAUGCUGUGUGUGUGGUCAGCUGGCGUACAGGGCGCAUGACGGGCAGAAGAGGAAGAGUGGAGAGCCGUACAUCAUUCACCCCGUGGAGGUCGCCCGGAUACUGGGGCAACUGGAGAUGGACUGGGAGACAGAGGUGGCUGUGCUGCCGCACGACCCAGUGGAGGACACGGACGUGCAUUGGCUUAUCAUGACACCUCUUCCCCCACUCAACUGCCCCCUCUCUUCCGUCCUCUCCUCAUGCACGAACCCUGUAUUACCUUUUCUCACCAGGAGAUGGGGACUGGGAGACGGUGAUGGUGGGGCUACUGCACGACACGACACCAUGGAGGACAUGGACGUCCAAGGUCUUAUUGUCACGCUUCUCCCCACACCCGUCCCUCUUACCCCCCCUUAUCCUUCCGUUCUUCCCUUGUGCACGGACCCAAUGCUACCAGGAGAUGGACUGGGAGACGAUGGUCGCAGGGAGAUGGACUGGGAGACGAUGGUCGCAGGGUUGCUGCACGACACAGUGGAGGACAUCGACGUGCAUGGGCUCACUGUCAGCCCUCUUCCUUCCUCUUCCCCUUGUGUUCUUUCCUCCCUCCUCCCCUUUUCCCACCAGGAGAUGGACUGGGAGACGGUGGUGGCGGGGCUGUUGCAUGACACGGUGGAGGACACGGAUGUGGUGUCCUUCGAGCAGAUCGAGGCCUCCUAUGGGCCGGCUGUGAGGCGCAUCGUGGAGGGCGAAACCAAGGUGUCGAAGCUGGGCAAGGUGAAGGACGGUAGCAAGGCAGACGUGUCGAAGCUGGGCAAGGUGAAGGAUGGCAGCAAGGCAGACGUGAAGGCAGACGAUCUGCGCCAGAUGUUCCUCGCCAUGACAGAGGAGGUCCGUGUGAUUAUAGUGAAGCUGGCGGACAGGCUACACAACAUGCGCACGCUCACGCACAUGCCGCCCCACAAGCAGAAGUACAUCGCCAUGGAGACCCUCAGUGUCUUCGCUCCCCUCGCUCGCCUGCUUGGAAUGUACCACAUCAAGACGGAAUUGGAAGGCCUCUCAUUCCGGUACGCGUAUCCGGAGGAGUAUCUGGACGUGUCUGAGCGAAGGCUGCACCUCUGCAUGGUUUUGAGACGUUUCAGCACCCACCUUCUCUCUCCCUCUCUCAUCCUCCUCCUUUCAGACGGAGCUGGAGGGCCUCUCAUUCUGGCCACCUUCUCUCCCCUUCCCUCGCUCAACAUCCCUUUUCAGACGGAGUUAGAGGACCUCUCAUUCCGGUACGCGUACCCCGAGGAGUAUCUGGAUGUGUCAGAGCGCAUGCUGCACCUCUGCACGCAGCAACAAACUGCUCUGGAUGAGGCACGUGUAAUGCUAGAGGAAGCGAUGCGGAAGGACAAGUUUUUGGAUCUCAUGACUUCAGGGGCGAGGGUGGAGACUCGGUGCAAGGAACCAUACAGCAUAUUCAAGAAGGUGGUGGAAACAGGUGCCAAGGUGGAGGAGAUUCACGAGAUCUCGCAGAUCCGCGUGGUGUUCUCCAUGGACGAUGCGGAUGAUCAGCCCGAUAGCAGCUCACGGAACAUCGCGCAGCAGGUGACCAAGGGGGGACUAAGGGGCGAUGGGGGUACGAGGGAGCGAAUGAGAGACGAGGGGGCGAAGGGGGGAUUAGGGG